AUGGUUUUGCCUGCUGCAUCAACAUUGUGCAAUGUUUUCACAUUUUUGCUCGCUGGUUCGCCAAUUUUCUAUAGUGCCGCACCACGAGGCGGCUGUGCUAGUUGUUGUGCCAUACGCGAACGCGAGGACAUUCAAUUUCUGUUGUAUACCAGGAAAAAUCGUCAGUCUGCGCAGCCGCUAGAAUUGAACGACAGUACGCGCCUGGCUCAAAGCAAUUUCAAUUUCAAUUACCCCUUGGCCAUCUAUUUGCAUGGCUUCUCAGAGUCAGCAACGGGUGAGCAGCAGAGUAGCCAGCAGCUAAAGGAUGCGUUUUUGCGAAGCGGAAAUUACAAUGUCAUACUCAUCGAUUGGAGCGCCAUGACCGCCGUACCCUGGUAUGCCAAUGCAGUUGAGAAUCUGCCCGUGACAGCGCGUUAUAUAGCCCGAUUCUUGCAAUUUUUGGUGCGUCGUGGCUAUGCGGCCAAACAUAUACAUCUCAUUGGCUUCAGUCUGGGAGCCGAAGUAGCUGGUUUUGCGGGCAAGCAGCUUCAGGAAUGGGGCAUCAAAUUAACGCGCAUCACAGCUCUGGAUCCUGCACUACCCAUGUUUGAGGGCGAGAGUUCCCAUAGAUGCCUUAAUCCAGGCGUUGCUCGUUUUGUCGAUGUUAUACACACAGAUGGCGGUAUCCUUGGCAAUCCCACGGCCAUGGGUCAUGUGGACUUCUAUCCCAAUGGUGGCCGCCCUUUGCAACCAGGAUGUGCGCGCCAGGAAAUUGCCAAUAAUCGUUGGUUGGGCAUAAUAAUUGGCUGCAGUCAUCAGCGCGCUUGGGAAUAUUUUGUUGAGUCCGUGCACCAGCCACUUGCAUUUCAUGCCAAACGCUGUGAACCCUCCCAAACAUUUGGAGUGUGCCGCGAUGGCAACGGACGUGCAUACAUGGGCAUGGGCGCCGACUACAGAUUGCGCGGCAAGUUCUAUCUGGAGACGAAUGAUGCCAAGCCAUUUGGGCGUAACAGCAAGCCAAAGGAUAUUGUGCGCACCAUGCUGCCCAUCGCCUACAAACUGCCUGCAAAUCUCACCGCGGACAAUGGCAGCAAUGGUCUUGCUUUCGAGGAUAACAACACACUGAGCAAUAACAUUGACAGCAUUGCCAGCCACUCGCUGACGUGA